CACACAUCCAGUGCUAAGCACAAGUGAGAUAGGGCUCUGCUUCGUUCAUCACAGGCUCGCACACCCUGUCAUCUCCAGCCAUUCAUUCUGCCCUCCCUCGCUUCGGCGCACGCUGCAUUCCUCUGGUAGCUUUUGGAUAGCGCAUAGCGAUGUUUCUCUACAGAACGGCCUGGCAAAGAUGUGGGCAUUUGGCAAGGAAGUCAGCCUACCAGUUAUCUAGAGGUGUACUGCCACGGCGACAGAUGUCGUCGCUCCCCGGUGGUACUGGUGAAAACCUCAUCUAUGCCCUGCUGUGUGGUGGGGCCUUCGCUGGAGCUGUCGCUUAUACGUACAGCACUGUGACCACAGACCACGCCAGAUUCACCGACCGUGUAGCGGAUAUCAACGCUCGUCCCAAGACCGAGUGGGUUCCCAAACCAUGGCCCCCCAAGAGCAGGGAUGAGGAAGAGGAGGGUGAGGAAGCAGUAGCUGAUGGAGAGGAGGAAGCAGAGGAGGUGGCGGCUGGAGAGGAGCCUGCAGCUGAAGAGGCUGUAGAGGCGGAAAACGUAGCAGAACUUGCUGAAGAGACCGAGGCAGUCUCUGAAGAACCUGCUGUGGAGGCAGCAGUAGAGGAAGUGGCUGUAGUAGAAGCAGAGACUGUGGUGGAGGAGGUCGCAGAGGCUGUCGCCGAGGCUGCUGAAGUCAUCGCCGAGGUUGCUGAAGAGGUCGUUGAGGUGGCCAAGGAAGUAGAGGCGGCAGCAGAGGAAGUGGUCAUAGUGGCUGAGGCCGUGGAGGAUGCUGCAGAGGCCAUUGCCGUGCCCGCCUUCGCCGAGGAAGCAGUUGCUGUGGUAGAGCCAGAGAGCAAUGUGGCACCAGUCACUAUGGCUGCAGCCUCUGCUUUGGCGGUGACAACAGUCGCUGAAGUAGUUUUAGAAGUCAAGGAGGCUGCCCCUGUAGAGGUCCCAGCUGCAGAAGAAGCCGCUCCAGUCGAGGCUGCACCCAUGGAAGAGGCUCCAACUGCAGUCGAAGAAGCUCCAAUUGAGGCUGCCGCAGCAGAGAUUGUGGAGGCAGACGCUGCUCCUGUGGAGGCAGACGCUGCUCCUGUGGAGGCAGACGCUGCUCCUGUGGAGGCAGACGCUGCUCCUGUGGAGGCAGACGCUGCUCCUGUGGAGGCAGACGCUGCUCCUGUGGAGGCAGACGCUGCUCCUGUGGAGGCAGACGCUGCACCUGUGGAGGCAGACGCUGCACCUGUGGAGGCAGACGCUGCACCUGUGGAGGCAGACGCUGCACCUGUGGAGGCAGACGCUGCACCUGUGGAGGCAGACGCUGCACCUGUGGAGGCAGACGCUGCACCUGUGGAGGCAGACGCUGCACCUGUGGAGGCAGACGCUGUACCUGUGGAGGCAGACGCUGCACCUGUGGAGGCAGACGCGGCACCUGUGGAGGCAGACGCGGCACCUGUGGAGGCAGACGCGGCACCUGUGGUGGAAGAGACGCCAGCUGCUAAGGAGUACAUUGUCGUGGUGCUGGACGGAGCGAGCAAGUCAGACAAGAGGCCCAAAGUCCUGGGGAUUGGCCCCAUGACCGGAAGGGUUAUCCCAGACGAAGACGAGGCCCCUGCUGCUGAGGUAACAGGGCAAGAGACAGCUGCUUAGGAUACAGAUGCAGUUGAACCAACUGACAGUAAGCACUUGGAGCCCCUGAAUGAUAUAUCUACUCUGAGGAAGACAAGGAAUGUGCCUUCCCCCACACUUGAACCCUUCCACACACUUUGACCCCUAACCCCUGACAGUCUACCCUUGAUUUUUAUCUGUAGUAUAAAACUUUUCUCCCUGUCUUGCAUCAGGGAAUUGUCUGUGUAUAUGUUCAGAUAAUGCCUGCUUUAUGGAAACAAACAUCUGAUAUAUUAUUCUAAUGUACUCCACCUGUUCCAAGAAGAGGUACAUCUUCCUCUUGUAUCACAUUUGGAGACGUUUGGAAAUGGUCCAUCUAUGUAGGCUUCACAACCGAACCUGUGACACUGCAGAUAGUCAGCCAUAUAGUACAAUGCAUUACUUUUCUCACCUUUUUAGAUGCGCACAGUCACAAAACAACUGUGAGUUUACUACUGGUUCAUCUGCACAACCUUUGAACGGAGACUGUCUUUCUCUCAAUGGGAGUUAUUUUCUUAGCCUUCACAGCUGCAACCAUACUGAAUACUAAGUAUACUCUCACAGCAUAGUAUGUCAUAGUUUACUUCACCCAAGAAACCUCACACUAGACUCACUCCAAUGGUGUUUUCUGAUUCUCACCAUCCAAGGCAAUACUACACAUCCGAUGCUCAGCCAGCAAUUGCCUCAUGGCCGGGUAGGAAUGUGACCAGCAUUCUUCAACUAUCCUCAUGUUUUAACUCUUUGGGCUGAUUCCAAUGUGAACAUCACAAGUAUUUAACUCAAAGGGAAUGCGAUCAGACUGCUUUUGGAAAUCAAAUCAAAUCAACAAAAUCACUCCUUCUGAGUCACUGACUUGUUUUUGGGAGACCAGAUCAAUUAGGCUACCUUACCAGCUCAGUAUUCCUCCAGCUUGUGAUCCACAGACCUUUUAUUAAUGCAGUAUUACAGUUGAACAAACCUUCGCAGUUGCAUGCCAGACAUGUGAUUCAUAUUGGGAAAAGAGCAAGACAACGAAUCAGUCAGGUUUUUACAGUCGGUGAUGUCUCUUCAAGCUAGACUCCAUUGCGUCGUCCAUGAUGUCGCUCUUCAAGAUUUCAUAAGGCAGACAUUUUCAUCUCUCUUUUAACUUCCCCCUCUGUUGUAGAGCCUUUCUCUGCUCAGCACCAUGGCUAUAGAGUACACAGCUGUUAGAUAGUCAAUUUAUUUAAGUGACCCACUAUAGCUUAUUGUGGUGAAAAGCUGAAUCUGAAAUAGGAAAAGCCAUGAUUUGAGUGUAUAGCAUGUUUUCCUAGGCUGGUAUAAACAGUUGAGUGUUGUGCUUGUUAUCAUAUGAAAGCAGUUUUUUUUUUUACUCUGCAGUCAGGCUUGUGUGGUGGCAUACAUUCAGCUUUUCAAAUUAGAUGAUUUACUAGUUAGUUUAGAUUCCUAAAUACAUGUUCGUAACUUUGUCAAAACCAGUUAAAAUAAUCUGCAGGCCCUACAAGGCUUUCACUGUAGACAUACUCUACAUAUUUGUUGUAGGACUCGUUCUCUUCUCACUUUCCUCACAUAUUAUAUUUUUGAUAUGUUAAGCAUAUUUGAAACGGUACCGAGACCGUUGAUAAGAAGUGAAUGUAGGAUCAUUCCUAAUUAACGAUUGGGAUAAUUCAGUGUGUCUGUCCUAAUGUUUACAGGCAGGUUUUGAAUGGGCUAUAUAGUGGCUUGUCCUGUGAGUGGAUGGCUUCACGCUGUGCAUCUGGCCUAGCAUGGGCUACAAACUGUGACUAUUUGAAACAUUGCUGUUUUUCUGAAAUAAAGGAAUAUUUCAGUUUUGUCUACAGCUUUA